UGCGGAGUCAUUGGAAUUGUUCUGUAAUUGUUCUCAGUUUUAAGGCCAGGAUAUUACCAGAUCCUCUUGCCUUCUGCCACUAUGGUUAUUGAAUUAUUAAUGCUGUUCUCUGCAUAAUUACCCACAAUGCCAUAGGAGAUAUUGAUUUGCUCAAUCUGUCGAUCAAUGCAGAAGAAAAUUGCAGCUUCAAAGUAGAAGACCAAUAAGUGGAAUAUACUGACAGCUUCUUAUUUACCAUGGAAGAGGACUGAUAAAACAACUCAAGUUUUAUGGGCAGAUAUUAGGGAAAUUACUAAGGACUACUCUAGGAUAUAUUUUCCAUAUUUUAAAGAGGAUUGUUUCGGUGGUUUGAAGGUAAAAGUCCUCAGCUACCAUUUAUAUCAUGAACAUGGAGGCAGUUGGAGCUCGCCUACGGCGGGCCAUACAGUCAACAACCCAAGCUGUGGUAGAUGAGGUAUCUGGGUCAGGGUCAGGAGAUGAGGCUGGUCCUACACCAACUGCAGGACCCAAGGACCUGAAAGACAAACUGAAAGAUGAAAUGAUGGGCUUGAUCAACAAGAUACCCUUACCUCUGCCAGCCAUUAUUGCCAUUGCCGUUGCCUCUGUACUAUUACUUUGCUGUAUAUGCAUUUGUAUAUGUAAGAAAUGCAUCUGCAAGAAAAAGAAGAAGGAUCAGAAGGGCAAGGGCAAAGGAGCUGUAGAUCUCAAAAAUGUACAGCUUCUUGGAAGUUCAUACAAGGAAAAGGUCCAGCCAGAUCUAGAGGAACUAGAGGUGAAUAUGGAGGACAACGAAGAUAGGAAAAGCGAAGAAGAAGAACCGGAAAAAUUAGGAAGACUUCAGUUCAAGUUGGAUUAUGACUUCACAAAAGGAGAGCUGUCAGUGACAGUUAUCCAAGGUGCGGAGUUGCCAGGUUUGGACAUGUCCGGGACAUCGGACCCUUAUGUCAAGGUUUUCUUACUGCCAGACAAGAAGAAGAAGUAUGAGACAAAAGUGCACCGUAAAACUCUGAACCCAGUAUUCAAUGAGACAUUCAUGUUCAAGGUGCCAUUUGCUGAUGUGGCCUGCAAGACCCUGGUGAUGGCUGUGUAUGACUUUGAUCGUUUCUCUAAGCAUGACCAAAUUGGCAAGGUGGAGGUACCCCUGAACUCUGUGGACUUAGGACAGGUGCUAGAGGAGUGGAGAGAUCUGCAGAGCCCAGACUCUGAUGAAAAGGAGAACAAACUUGGAGAUAUUUGUUUCUCCCUGCGUUAUGUUCCCACAGCUGGCAAAUUGACCGUGGUCAUCUUAGAGGCUAAGAAUCUCAAAAAGAUGGAUGUUGGUGGUCUAUCAGAUCCUUACGUGAAAAUAGCCCUCUAUCAAGGCACCAAACGCCUCAAGAAAAAGAAAACCACCAUAAAGAAGCAUACCUUGAAUCCCUACUACAACGAAUCCUUUACAUUUGAAGUUCCAUUUGAGCAGAUCCAGAAAGUGACCUUGAUCAUCACAGUGGUCGACUACGAUAGGAUUGGAACAUCAGAACCCAUUGGACGAACAGUCCUUGGCUGCACUGCCACUGGGGCAGAACUGCGCCAUUGGAGCGACAUGUUGGCCAACCCCAGGCGACCCAUUGCACAGUGGCACACUCUGAUGGAGAUGCCAGAAAAGAGUUAAAUGGCGUGGCACUAAGCUUCUGAAACCAGAUUCUUGAGACUUUAAACAGCUGCAUGAACAAAAAAAUAUAUAAGUGAAUUAGAUAUCAUAUGUAGCUAUGUAUAUUCAUAUAUAAACACAUACCUCUGGCAGGGCUAAUGUAGAUGCCAUGUACACAAUUCAUCAUAAGGCAAAAUGUGGGUUCGUCACAUAAGUAGCAUGAUGCAUUGUUGUAGUACAUGAUAAUUUUGAAAUAUAGAAACCCAAGAUGUCAUUACCAAAGGUUAGAUAAUGUAUGGAGAGCGAUCCAUUAGACAUUGUGAUGCACACACUUGGACAAUUGGUAUAUAUACAUCUACAAAAUAUAAUUGAUAUAGCGGCUGUGAAUGUUGUAUUGUUCAUAUACGCCUACAUAACAUGGAAUAUCAUGUACAUUGAACUUGCAUGUACAGAGUUCAGUGUACAAGCAGGUGAUUAAGGCAUCACACACAGUUGACUAUUGGAUCUGAUAAAAUUGUCAUCAACCCAAGAGCUGUGGGCAGAGCAUGGUUACCAUGGUGAUUCAUUGCUGCUAUAGAUUUUAGUAAUACGUACAGAUUGAAUUAUCCAACCUGGAGUUUGAGAAUCUAGUGGUGACCAGCAUCUAUAGCUAGCAUAUUUCUGUCAUUCCCAAUAGCAUUAAAUUGCUGAGAAGAGAGGAGUUCUCAGUGGGCUCUGAAACAUGGGGUGUAUAUAUCCAGUGUCUUUGUGGUAAUCUGAGGUUCCUUUUGUCUGUCCCAACCUUUUUGAAUGGGUAAAUGUUUAUCAUGGUCAUAUCAGUGUUUAAUACUAUCCCAGGUGAGGGGGGGGUUGAAAGGUUUGAUCUGAAGUCCAAAACUGCUGGGGAUGUCUUUAGGUAUGAAUGGCAAUUAAAAUAGGCUUGACAGUUCAAGUAUCUACUUAAUUUAUUUCUUUCAUUAAAAGCAUAUACAUGGUAUUGGAAAUAAAAGUGAUUGCCUCUUAUUGUGUAUCUAUAUCCUGAUGUUAUGGGCAGUGGCAAAUUCAGCUUAUAUUAUUGAAUGUAUGGUUGUUUGCACUUAAUAUGUACAUUCCUUUAGCUCAGUAAAAAGGUUGGUACAUUCCUUCAGUUAACAAACUGCUUUCAAUAUAGACAGCAGAUUUUACAUUUAGAAGCUUGAGGUUGUGAUGUUAUAGUUGUUAUGCCAGAAUGAAAUGUUAGGGUAGCAUUGGUUGCCAGUCAUUUGUCUUAAUUAUUCUGUAAUUAUACAUUAUGGAAUUUGUAUAAUUAACUGUUUUAACCUGUUGUUUGUAUUUAUUGACAAUACCCAGACGUGCAAUUUCAUGUUAUGUUCAAUCUUCAAUAUUACAAAAACACGUGAUAAACCACAUUUAAUCUUAUGAGAAAAAAAUUUAAAAAAAAAAGUGUUUUGAUUUGAUCCCUUAAGUGAUGUUUAUUGUAUGGUAUUGGCAUAAUUUCUGCUUUAGUGUCUUUGGCAUCUUUCUGUCUUCAUAUUUUCAUCAUUAUUAAAAGUUGUGUAAAGCAUACAUGAAGUAGAAAAAGAGAAGAUUCCCUGCAGCAACUAAUGUUCUCUCUGUGAAAUCAUUAAAAUUUGAACACAAAAUUGAUCUACAUGUAUAAGCACACUGUAGACGUGUAGACUUCAUAUGUGAGCAGUUCAAGGCUGAUGUGUGUAUCCUUGAAACCCUGAGGAAUAAUAACUGUAUAGCACCAAUGUGUUGCAAAAGUAAAAGUACAGUGACUUAAAAAUUAGACAAAAAGGGUUUUAAAGAAAAGUAAUCAAAUCUUAUCUCUCCCUGAAAUUUUCAUGGUUUGAUCCACACAAUUCAGGUCUUUGGUGUUUGACAUUGCAUUUAUUUUCAUAUUUAAGCAAAUGUUGAUGCUAUGUUAUUUAUGAAGUUUGGGGAUUGUGCAUUUAUUUCAUUCUGGUUAAGUAAUCAGUAUAUGGUGGCAGUGUCAAAUCAAACAUUUAUAAGUAGAAUUUAGGGUCAUUUUUGUGUGUGUGCAUUUAAUUUUAAUGUAAGUAAUCCUCAUUGUCUUGUAAAUAGAAGAAAAGUAACAUAUACCACAUCAGGAUAAUUUUAUUUUUGAAAUUUUUGUUUUGUUUUGAGAGUGUGCUGUUUUCAGCCACAAUUGUUGGAGGCCCAAAACAAAAGUGGUAAGACUCUGUAAUAAAAGUCAGAUUUAAAAGUGUGCAAGAUAGAGUAUUGACACUUUUGCUUUGUUUGUCCUCUGGUAAGGAUCUACAGUGCAUACCAUAGGAUAUGAUUGUCAAAUGGUAAACUUCCAUUCAUUGGCAUGGUUUAUAAUCCUAACAUGCAGACAAUACAAGUUUAAUGAAGAGGGUUUUCCCCCUCCCUCCUGUGAAGUAUUUGUGAGCAGUGCUACUAGUUUUACUAUUAUGGUAUGCUCUGUAGAGAGGUACAGAUGUCAUCUUCAUACAGUUAAGACAGCUACCACUCUGUGAUGUUCUCAGAUUUUUUUCGUAGAUAACAUGAGAGAUAACUGUACUAAAUGCCUCCUGUACUACUGACUUUGCACCAAAGUGUUUUCCAUUCAAAUUGGCUUUGGGAGUGCUUCUAUUUGCACAUUUAAUAAGUCUUAUUCCUGCAAGACAUCCUCACUUGAUUGCGAUAAACAGAUAACUUCUUGGAAUUCAUCUUAUUUCUCAGAAUUGAUUUUACCUUACUGGACCUUUAAUAUUGCUCUUUCACGCGUUGUAUCAUGAGGGCAUUAAUUGCACAUGAAACAGUAAAGUCUACUCUAAAGGGCAUGUUUUAAUUUGACUGUAUGUUGAUGUCAUCAGCAAUAAAGUAUAUUGUCUCCUUUGUUUA